UUUUUUUUUUUUUUUUUUUUUAAAUAUAAUGGGGGAGACCGCUGACCCAGAAAAAAGUAUCCUACAAACGCUCGCUCAAACGAAUAAAAAAAAAGACACGGUUUCGACCCCGCAAGCGUAGCCAAAGUAUUAUAAUUUAUUCCCAUUGUAAUGUGCAAGACCAUUCACGUACACAUCUUAAAGACUACUUUAGACUUAUGGGAUUAUAAAAUAAAACUCUUAAAAACAUUAUUGCUUUGACUUUUGUGUUUUUAAGGUUGCAGUUAUCCAAUACCCUUUACUGGAUAUUGUGUCCUUGAUCUCCAAUCCAGUACAUCGUAGUUAAUCUGAACUGAAAAAAAAGAGAAAGAAAUUGAUCAUCAUUUGUUUUAUUUAACAUGAAUUCCUGUAGUUUUAUAUAUAACGUAGCUUUUGUACUAUUUGGCGUUAAUUCAUUAUUGUAACGUAAGAUUUGUGGUAAAAAUUUAUAUUACUCUAAGAAUUAGUUUAUAUUUUCAGUCGAAUAAAAAUUAUUUUUAAUGAAGUGGUAUCUGUUACUCCUUAUAAAAAUGCCAUUAUUUAGAGUCUUCGAAUCUUACUUAAAAUUUGAUAGACAUUUUGUUAGUAUAUUGUAUUUAAUAAUUCGACUCAAUCUUCAGAUAAUGAAAAGCAAGUGAUUGCUUAUUUGUAAAAUGAAAUUCUUUUUUAAUCGUUUCUCAUGAUUAUGUAUCAGUUUUUAAUAAAAUCGCCACGUCAAUUAAUGAUCUGUUAAUUAAACAAAGUGAUAAAAAUUUGAAUUUAGAUGCUAAACAAUAUUAGAAUACAAUAGAUGUAUGAUAAUUACAGGCAUAAAAUUAUAAUGUGUAACAGCAAUAUAUAUUUAUGAUUAAUGAUUAUUUUUAAAUUACGAUCAGAUGGCAGCACAAUACACUCGACUUACAAAAUUGAAUACGGCGCGCAUUGUCAAAGUAGACAGAAUACACUUGAUAUGAAUUUAAAUUUAGACUUUGGUCGUUGCAUCUUUUGCACGGUAAACAUUUAAUUUAAAAAUAUUUAUUGGAAUAAAAUUCGAAUAAAAUUUAUGAGAAAAUUAUACUUAGAUAAUUAGAUAAAUAAAUGCCAGAUUAAGGGCGAGACUUUUUGUUGAGAUUUCGCGGUCCUUAGCGCAGUUGUUCUCGAGUCAUCAUUGGAAAAGUACAAAGCGAUACUUGGGUCAAUGACGUGUAUGAAAGCAACACAAAUCGGCUCGAGUAGACUGAUUCAUUUGAAUCUGUAACUUGAAUCAAAAUGCCCGAGCAAAAUUCGAGUGAUCAAUAUUCGACGUGGGUUGGGCUUAUAUACGUUUUUAAUUUAAUUGUUGGAACAGGAGCUUUAACAUUACCAGCUGUUUUUACUCAAGCAGGAUGGGCUCUUGGAUUAAGUGUAAUUUUAAUACUAGCAUUUAUAAGUUUUAUCACUGUUACAUUUGUGAUCGAGGUAAUGGCAUCUGCCAAUGCUAUAGUAGCAUGGCGACACAUUCAACAUCGAAAACGUAUAUGCUUCUCUCAGGAUUCAUCUUUCAACGAAACAGAGUCUGAGGUACUUCAAACAUUAGGCGAAUCUGGUCCUUCAAAUUCAGAUUCUGAAGAUACUCCUCUUGUUAUGCCAUUUUCGACCAGCCCUGAUCGUGCAGACAUGACAUAUCGAUAUUAUGUAAUACGUGAUAAAAUAGAAAUGGGACAAAUGGCAUCAAUUUUUUUUAACAAGUUUGGAAUAACUCUAUUCUAUUUAUGUUUUGCUAUAUAUCUUUAUGGAGAUCUAAGCAUAUAUGGAGCAGCUGUUGCAAAAACUUUAGCUGAUGUCAUUUGCACUUAUCAACCAGAAAAUUUUACAUGCAACUCUACAAUACCAGAUACUGAACUGUGUUGGAAAGAAUUUGCUCUGGAUCGAUCAGAUGCAUAUAGGAUAUUUCUUAGUAUAUUUAUAUUAUUACUUGGUCCUUUUGUAUUCUUUAAUAUACAAAAGACUAAAUAUCUUCAAUUGUUAACUUCAGGAAUGCGAUGGCUUGCAUUCACUAUCAUGAUUGUAUAUGCUUUGAAAAAUUUAAUCAUUCAUGGUGCACAAGGAAAUCCUCCAGCUGCAAAUAUCAUGGGUAUACCUACUUUAUUUGGUGCUUGCAUUUAUUCAUUUAUGUGUCAUCAUUCUUUACCUGCGUUGGUCGCUCCAAUCGCAAAUAAGUCUACUUUAACUCGAUCUUUGGCAUUGGAUUAUUUAUUAAUAGCAUUUUUUUAUCUCUUACUGGCACUAACUGGAGCAUUCGCUUUUGAACAUUUGGACGAUCUUUACACUUUAGAUUUUAGCCCUCGUGGAUCUGGAGAUUGUUCCAAAAAAUAUUUCUUAUCGCUCUUUCCAGUAUUUACUUUGAGUACAAGUUUUCCUAUCAUAGCUAUCACCCUUAGAAAUAAUUUGCAAUCAUUGUUCCUCAACGAAGAUACAUCUUAUUUUUGUCUUCGUAAAAUUGUCUUCCCAAUACUGGCAAUACUGCCUCCAUAUAUGAUUGCUAUGAGUACCAAAGAUUUAUCGAUAUUGGUAGGAAUUACGGGAUCAUAUGCUGGAGCAGGAAUUCAAUAUUUAAUUCCAACGUUUUUGGUAUAUUAUGCUAGACAAAAGACAAAUAGACUUAUAGGUCUUGGUGUUGUUAAUAAAUUUGCAAGUCCAUUCUCCAGUAAUUGUUGGCUCAUUUUUGUUAUAGUUUGGGCUAUUGCUUGCAUGAUUUUAGUAUCAGUCAAUUUUAUACAAAUUCAUUUCUAUUCUAUAAGUGUACCUUUAGGAUGAAAGAUUCUUAAAAUACUAAAUUAAGAAUGUAAAAAAAAGAGAAAAGUUAUAUAAUGGUUACAUAAUUAUUUUGCUCUUAAAAUUUGAAUCCAGAGCAUAUCUAAAAUAAUAUCAUUGGACUUGAAAUUAAUUAUUUGCAAUAUACAGAAAGAAAAUUGUGAUACUAAUGAUUUUAAAGUUGAAAUUAAAAUUAUAUUUAAAAUAUAUAAAACUUUCAAUAAUAACUCUAAAUUGAAGAAAUGAAAAAAUGCCUUUAAAAUAAUAGCAAAUAAUUAUUAUUUAAAAUUUAAAAUAUGUGAUAGAAUAAUUAUAGAAGGUAGAACAAUUGAAUAAUUGUCAUUGAUAAUAAGAUACCUUCAUUUUAUUCUCAUUCUUGGUAUCGUUAUCAAUUUCAUCAAUUUUCAUGAAAGAAAAUAUGGUAUUAAUAAUGAUAAUAAGAAUACAUUAUGUGUCACAAUGUGUCACAGUAAACUGACAAUACACUGGUACAAGUCAGGAUUAAUCUUGUACAAGCCAAAUGAAUAAGCUUAAUUUAAGUUGUAAACUUUUGUAUAAUACAUUUAUCUUUUGUAUAUUUUUAUUUGGUAGAGAAUAUGUCUCUUGAUACAGUUUUUACUGUACAUAAAUGUCUUUCAAAUAAGUGAUAUUUAGUGGCCAACUAAUAUUUUGUCCACUAUUUAAACGGUAUGAAGGUGUAUCUCAACAUGUAGACUUGUACAACAAAUAGAUAUUUAAAAAUAUUGAAGGCCUAUUCAGUAUAUCUUAUUAAAAAAAGAACUUAUUUUAACAAUUUUUUAGCAUACUUUAUGUGCACAGAAAGAAUUAGGCAGAUUAAAUGAUUAUUAUUGUUGAUUAUAGAAAUUUGAUUUGUAUAUCACAGAACAUAUGUAUAUAAUAUAUAACUGCCAACAAAGUAUUCAGAAUAUACCUCUCAUACCGUGUACCUGUACAAAAAUGUAAUAUGUAAAACAUGAAAUAUAUAUACAUAUAUUUUCUAAGAAUAAACAAAAAAUAAAAAAUUGACUACAUGAAUUUAUUUUGAUUUAUUUUUAUAUAUAUAGAGUGAAAAUUUAAUCACUUCAAAUUACUCGAAAAUAACUUACUGUAUGAAAAAAUUUUUCAAACAAAAAUUUAAGUUCAUCAAAGGAAAUAUAAUUUAAUUUCAUUAGCUUUUUAACAGGUAAAUGAGCAGAGGAUAUAUGAAAAUCAAUUACAUUUUUCUAAAGCCUAAAAUUACAGGUGACUUCCCAUUUAUAUUUAAAUUUUCAAAAUUUUUCAUUGGCAGCAAAGAUAAGGACGCGACGUUUACCACAAAAAGGUAUGAACUUAUAAUUUUCACGCAAUAUUUAUAACAAAUUUUAUCUGUUUUCUGAUUAUAAUUAAAUUGCGACUAAAAAGAUUAUCACCAAACUGUAUAUAUUAUUAAAGCAUACGACAUAGAGAUAAUUAAUAUGCUGUAUUAUAUAUAUAUAUUUUAAAUUUAAAAGAUAAUAAAAGUACAUAUUUUAAAAUUUGAAUACUAGCGAUUGAUAUUACUAAAAUUAUAAUAAAAUAUUUAUUUAUAUCACUGAUGUUAUUUAAUUUCUCAAUAUUACUAUCUAUGCCGAAGCAAUACUGAUUUUUAUGAAGGUGAAUUUCUUUUAUACAUGUUUUAAUCGAUUUUGAACAGUCUAACGUUUAAAUGAUAUUACUCGCAUGUUAUAAAAAAAGUUUUUCAUUUGAAUAUUUACAGAAAUGUCGGGCAAAGGUAACAGCAAAGUUACAGCAAACAGUUCAGCGAAAAUUAAUUUUAAAUAACAAAUAAACUGAAUUUAUUCGUUAUUCACAAAUAGCAAAUAAAUAAUUAAUGUUAUUCGUAAUUAUAUUCUGUAUAUACAUAAUAUAUUCUAAUAUAUUAUAAUAUAUUCUGUACAUACAUAUUUCUAUUUAUUCAUAUUUAUACUUACAUGUAUAUUAUAUUUAGCAGAACAAAUUUUAACACGAAUAGAUUUUUCUGUAAUAGUCUAACAACAUAAGGUGGCACAGUAAAAGCAUUAUUUUAUUUGCAUCUUUACAACCCGAUCGAUUAUAACUAUUAAAGUUUGUUUUCCUAAAUUGUAAGAUAUCAUACAAAUCAUUGUCUCUGUAUACAGUCAUUAUACUGGAGCACAUCUAUUUUAUACAAAAAAAUUGAAGAAUUUGAAAUAUGAGUCAUUUCUUCUUGAUUUUAUAUUUUUGUGAGCAAAUAGAGUAGACUAGACACUUUGGGUUAUCAGAAUAAAAAAAAGAAAUAUUUGAGCACAUAGACAUUUCGAUAGAUCUGUUAUGUUUAACAAAAAUUCAAGAUAUUAUAUAAUGAAAGAUAAUAGAUUAUGUAUAACAAAUAUACAUUAGAUUAAAAUUUACAAUAAUUUACAAUAUACAAUAAAUUAAAAUUUACUUUGUACAAAAAAUAUUAAACAUAUCACAUAAAUGAAUAUCCCAAAGUGAAUAUGUGUAUCAUUAAUUGACCAAGAAAUUUAAACAGGCUUAUGAUAAAUUUUUAUGUGAUAACUAUAUUUUUUUUUUGCUGAUAUCGAAUUCGAUUCUUAUUUUCUUUAUUUUCAAAUCACAACUUAUGAAAUUUGUAGCUGAAAAAUAGCACAUUAUGUUAAAUAAAUAGCACGAUGUUUAUGCAAUGGAAAAGCUUUUUUCUGGAGGUUUUAAAGCUAAAAUGUUUAUGCUUAUACCCCAUUUUUCUUUGGUCGUCAGUCUUUAAUUGUACUACAGGUUUUUGACUAAAACUCGUUAUAAUUUUUGAACACCUAUCUAAUUAUUUAAUAUAGAAUAUUUUUGUUUUACAGAAGUUGUAGACACGUUACCAUUAAAAUCUUUUGCAGUUAUUUUAAAUUGGAAUCAAUUUCAUAAAUGUUAG